AUGAACAAAACACUGAAGUGGAUUUGCAGCACUUUGAAAAUUUAUACAGAUAAACCUUAAGAGAAAAUGUGUUCCUGCUUAGUAAUUCAGAGCAGUUCACCUGCAGUCCAUGGCUUACAAGGCAGAGAUGGAAGAGAUGGUGCUGAAGGUGAAGAGGGAGAACCAGGAGAAGAAUUGAGAGGUCUACAGGGUUUCCCUGAAAAAGCAGGACCCCCAUCAAUAUAAGGAGAUUUAGGACCACAAGGAGAGAAAGGAGAAAAAGGAGAAUGUUCAACAGAGACAAAAGCACAGAUUUUGGAGGCUGAACUAAAUAGGUACAAAAAAAGUUUGGUCAAAUCAUUGAUUUUUGCAAGAGAAGAUACUCCUGGCAACAGAAAAUUCCUGUGUGCAAAGGCUAGAAGAGCAGUUGCCUCUCCUAGUAAUGAGGCUGAGAAUAUAGCUUUAAAAGACUUAAUACCUUCAAAGCAGGCUUAUACAGAGAUAUCUGAUGAACAGACAGAAGGCAGGUUCAUGUGUGGGAAUAAAGAGGUUGUAACUUACAGAAACUGAAAUGCUAGAGAACCAAAUAAUCUGAAAAAUGAAGAGUAUGCAGUAAUACAAGACUCUGGAAUAUGGAAUAAUCUUAAUUGUUCAAAUUCUCAUUCAUUAUGUGUUUGA